CCGCGUCGUCGCGUCGUCGGUGGUGGCUGCAGUCCUGCAAGCUGUGGCCUGCGUUCCGGGUUCCCGUAGCGUCCUCUCGCCAGUUCAUGGACACGGAAGUGUGGAGUGCCGACUCGACGAGCUAAGUUGGAAAGUGACAGAAUUUCUCACCUUCACUGAUUCGAACCUGUCCCGCCAUCCCGGCAGUGUGGGUACUCUUACAAUAGAAAUGUAGAAUAUGUUGGCAACGAACCGCCCCCUCGGUUGUCGUCAGCUGAUUUUUACACACACCUGCCUGUCAUUCAAAUAUCCUUAUUUUUAUUUUCGUCGCCGCCUUGGUUUUGGAAAAUGUCUGGGAAAGUUUGCAGCGGUGCACGAUAUAACCUAUAAAUUCUUCUGCUGUAGAGGAGGCGAUGACAAAGAUACAUCACUAAAACAUUUGAUUGUAUCUGCCAAACCACCCUCCAAGUCUACCAGCAAGAAGGAUGCUUCAGGAGACCAAGCAAUGAAAACUAAGAAUGCACUGUUGACAGUUGCUUCAAUUUUUUUGGUAUCGCUGUUGGGACUGGCUUAUGUAUACUUCUCCUUCCCACAGUUAGAGGACCAUGAGAAACAACAUGUAAAACUGCCAUGGGAUAUAGAAGACGCAAAGAAACUUGGACAGGUCUUGGAUCGCUAUAAAGAUCGCUAUUUCACUGAAGUGCUGGGUGGCAUUUUUAUCACUUAUAUAUUCCUUCAAACAUUUGCUAUUCCAGGAUCCAUCUUCCUAUCAAUUCUUAGCGGAUUUUUGUUUCCGUUCCCCAUUGCUUUGCUCCUCGUUUGCUUUUGUUCAGCGACUGGUGCUUCUCUGUGUUUCCUCUUGAGCUCACUUGUUGGCCGAAGAGUAGUGUACAAGUAUUGGCCAGAAAGAGCUGCUCAGUGGGCAGCAACGGUAAAAAAGCAGAAUGACAAUUUAUUUAACUACAUGGUCUUUCUUCGUGUCACUCCCUUUCUUCCCAACUGGUUCAUCAACAUAGUUGCCCCUGUGAUAGAUGUCCCAAUAAAGCCAUUUUGGCUUGGAACAUUUUUUGGAGUAGCGCCACCAUCUUUUGUUGCAAUCCAGACUGGGAAGACACUUCAUCAGCUGUCGUCAUCAGAUGCUAAGUUUUCCUGGAACUCUGUCAUACUAUUGGCUGUUUUUGCAGUUCUCUCACUCAUUCCAGUUCUUGUAAAACAGCGGUUACGUCGAAAGUUUGAAUAGGCCUUGUUCAAGAUUUCUCUCUAGACCAAUAUUACGUUUUUACUAUAAUACAUUAGGAGGUUUUAUCACCCAAAACAGUUUCUACAGGCAUGGCUGCUAUAUGUUUAUUAUUCUGUGAUGUACCUAUAAGUGGAGUGUGUCGGAAGAAAGUUCAUUUGGCCUAGGUUUAAUUAAUAUAUGUGCCUAUUCUUGAUGAGCUCACUUCAAAAUUUACUCAUACCUUUUUUGACUGAACAUGUUGACUGUGUCUAAAUAUUUGUCAGUAUUUAAUUUUGCUGGGAAGCAUUAUUAGAGUGUCUUCAUACAAAAUCAUAAGACCAAGAUUCUUGUAUUACCUAUCAAUGGAGAUAUUGUUCUCUUUGAUGAGCUUGUCAUAAUUCAUCUUCAAUCAAACAGGUUGUGACUUCAGUUGUAGAGUUGCUGUAAAUCUGUUCUUUGGUGGGUUAAAAGAGAUCUCUUUUUCAAAACAAUAUAUUUGAAAGUCUGUUUUUAUUAGUUUCUGCUGCCAGAUAUUUGUCAGGAAAGUGCCACCGAGGUAAAGCAGUCAUUAUUAUCUGUUCUGAGAAGAUCCUUCUAUAUUCUAGUCUAUUCAUAUUAUUUGCAUUUAUUUGUGUGUGUGCGUGUGAGUGAUUCUGUGUGGUCCUUUGUUCUUUUCCAAAUCAUAUCAAGGUUUUUCUUAUAACAGUUUUGUGUGGAUCACCACGGUUAUCAACCGCAUGGACAAAGCUUCAAAGUUUGAAGUUUCUGUUUUCAUGUUGGUGUCAACUUUUUGUCACUCAGAUACUGUUCUUUUUAAUUUAUUUACUUGUCCAAGUGUUUUGUCUUCCUUAUAUCCAAGAGAGCGUUUCGCUGCUGCAGUUUGUUUUGUGUCUAAUAUGCAGAAGACGUUCUUAAUGGAUGUAGAUUUUGUAAUAGAUAUCCUUGAUGUUACUUCUCUGAAAGCAUGUGUCAUAAUUCCACAGCAAGACUAGCCUGUGUCUACCCUAUUUUAUUGACCCUCUCUUCCCAUUUUGUUACUGUUUUUAAAGAAUAUAGAUGAUGGAAAAAUG